AUGUUACCGUUAUUUUUUACAACUGAUAUUUAUUUUGUCGAAUCAAAAUUACAGUGUUCUAUGGAUCCAAAUAAUCAUGCUAUACAGUUAUACCAAGCAUUAUUUUCUAAUUUAGGUUUUGUGCAAAGUUUGAUCCUAGUUGCUUUAAACUGUGCUUUCCUUAGACUUAUUUGUAAGCGUUUGAAAGAGACAACAAUGAAAAGAUUGAAUGCAGCUGAUCGCAAACAGAUACAGACCAGUAUAUUUUUUUUAGUUUAUUCUGCUUCUUAUACAGUGACAUCAUUACCACAAACAGUCGCUUACAUAACUGGUAGACUUAGCAUAUCAGUAAACAGUUCAAAAUUUGCAUUUCACAUAGCUGAUAUAUUUUGGAAUUUCCACUUUACACGUGAAGUAUUCGACUUCUUUAUAUAUUUUAAAUUCUUUAGAACAUUUCGUCUAGUAGUGUUGAAUGUGUGCAAACCUUGUCAUCAUCGAAUGCAGCUAAAAUUUAAUGAAUAA